CAUUUGAGAACGUCAUCAUUUCCAGGUUUGACGAACACCAAUCAACAAUUUUUAAGGUUUUCUGAUAUUAAUCGAGAAAAUAAUCGACAGAUUAAACAAUUAUGAAAGUUGCAGCAAUACUCAGCUGCUUCGUUCAUUUCACUGUCGAUUUUUACAGAAAAAAAGUCGUCCAGAAACUUGCAUCAUGUUCCAUUUAGUUCAGUUUCAGGUUUAAUUUACUGUAAACAGCACACGGCAAUGUGUUUUAGAAGCCAAAGAGGCAGCGUUACACAACGUAUUAAUAAUGAUGAACAAUAUUUACAUUGUGAGGUUUGGAGCCAACCGCAAGGCCGUUUCAGAGUGUACACUUGAGAGUAUAAUUAACCAAAUGUGAGAAGCCACUAAAAUAUUCAAGACCUUACAAAUGCAUUCGGCAUGAGGCGAUAAAAGGAGUAAUUGAUUUAGAUAUAUUAAAAAUAACAAACAUUCAGAAACAUUUCCCUGACACAAAAACUGAAGAUGGAAAUAAUUAUUACUCAGAAAUGCCUUACAAUAUAAACCCUCAUUGUACUUGAGUGAGCUUUUGUGAUAUGCACAAAAUAAAACUUAUAUGUAUACAGUAUGCAUCUAUUAUUGUACAGUAUUCUUAGAAGGGUCACUCAUAGAUAAUCCAUUCUCUAGCCCGGUUACCCUAACUUAAAACGGGAUUUAACCCUCAAAAAAACCCUUAACAGUUGCAAAGACCAGCAAAAAUCUACCACACAAACAUCCACAGUUUUAUCAGUUUAUCCUCAAGUAAGCUUGUUGUCAUGACGAUUUACAGAGUUGAUUUCCGCGGGAGAGAACUUAAACUUCCUCUGAGAGGAAAAGAGAAAGCGGUGAUGGUCGGUGUGUCCUUUUCAAACCAAGGAGGAGAACUUCAAUGAAGUUUUUUUUUUUUUUUUUGAAAACAGGUAUGUGACAUGAAAGGAACGUUUUGGAGAGAUUCUUUAAUCUGUCUUUUAUACAGUCAUUCCUGUUGCUGUAGCGACGGAAGGCAGAGAAGGGCGCACAAAGGACGGAGAAUAAAAGAGGCAAUCAUGCAACUAUUUGGACACCGAGCGCUGAGCCCUGAGCAAUUCUUGUGUUUUACGUAAUAUAAAUCAUUUCUGAACAAAUCAGGUCAGACUGACAAACAAUGAGUCAGUCCUUGGAUUGUCAGGGAUCGAUUGAAAACCUCCAGAAAGAGCUAACCGACCUCCAAGGCGCCAUUUUAGAUGUAUUCUCUAGAACAGGAAGGGUGCGUUUUCCCUCCUGGAAGUUUCCAGACAGACUCUCUUGUGACCUGGACAUGGUGGCGCUGUUGGAGCAGUACGACUUUGUGGAUGGGGACGGUGCGUUCAAUGAACACUCCCAUACGGUCCUGCUGGAGCUGGUGAUCGACAGACUACUGCUUCUUCUACAAAGCUUCAAUUCUUAUGUGGAGCGCGUGUGGCGCGGCCAACGGAGAGGACAAACCCAGCAGAGAGGAUUCCUGUCAGUUGGUGUUGUUGUCAGAAACUACUGGAGCAACUUACUCCAUUUUGUCAGCCGCACGGGGACUCAAAAAGACAGCGAGAGAAAGACGGAGCCAAAUAUUCUGGACAGUGAUGAGACCGAGGCACUGGCAUGCGCCUUCCACCAGAUGAUGUCGAGGACACGUCCCUCCCAUAAUACCCCGUCCGGUCCUACAGUGGACAACCGCACGGCUGGCUGCCAGACGACGGAGUCAGCCCUCGCUCCCUGCGAUGACUGUCGUCAAGUGCAGUCGACUUUGAGGAAGACGGGGGCCGCUCUGGUGGGGCUGUUUCAAAGCGAGGGUCUGCCCUCUUCCCUGCAGCCGCUCUUGGCUGCUGUGGAGGAAACCCUGGAGCUGGGUCAUGACAUGACAGCAGGGGAUGUCGCCCAGUGGGCCAGUGUGCAGCUCGGUGACGUGCGGCGGCUUGGGAAACACCUCCAAAACGUGCGGGCCACGGUGCAGCCUCUAAAAGAGAGACUGGCUGCGGCGGAGGCGGUGCGCGAGCGGUUCAGGUUUCGGCUAGAGAGGGCACAGUUGGAGUUGCAGGACCAGAUGGAAAAACGCCAGGCGACCAUUGACCAGCUGGGCUUUGCACUCGGGGAGGCCCAGAGAUUCACUGAAGCAACAGAGCAAAGGCUACAAGAGGAGCAACAGCAAUUUAAGAGAGAAAAUGAGUCUUUGGAGGAGAGUAACGCCAGAUUGGGAGACACGGUCGCGGUGCAGAAACGUGCAUUACAAGCUCUGGAAUGUGAGAAGACCACACUGCAGGAGACGGCGGAGGCAGAGUACGAGGCCCGUCGUCAACUGCAACACAGGAUCCAGACACUGGAGAGUGAACUCUCUGAGACCAAGGUCCUCCUUCACCAAGAAAGUGACAAGUACCACGGUGCGUGUCGACAGCAAGAGUCAGUGCUGAUGAAGCAGCAAUCUUUGUUGGAGAGAGCCGGCGCACUCGACGGAGAGCGCCAAGAGCUGCGGAGGCAGUUGGCGGAGCAAGAGGAGAGACGGCUCGACCUUCAGAGUGAGCUGCAACAGAUGUCGAAGGAGAAGGAACAACUGCAGGCUCAGCUCACUCAGCAGCAGAACUGCACUCUGGAGCUUCAAAAGGAUAAACAGAGGCUAGAAACCCAAAUGGGCGCACUCGUGGAGAGUGUGGCUGAGCUGAAGGAGUUGGUGGAAGAUUUAAAGGAGAGGGAGAGGCUCCUGGUCGUGUUUCCACACCUCAGCCCUCUAUCCCGCACCCAACCAGAGAGUACGGGGAACGUGCUUCUGGACAUGGAGCUGCAGAUGCAAGCGAACGGCCUCCGCAUAAACAUUCUGCAACGGGAAAACGCCAACCUGCGCAGCAGCAGCGAGAAACUUGGGGAGAGAGCGCAGCGUGGCGCCGCGGCGCGUGACGGAGCGCCACGGAGCGCUGCAGUGGAUGUGCUCAGAACGGCGCACAAAACGACAAAACGCAAUACGGCAACGGAGGCUUCACCGCAGCAGACAUGGAGCGAAGAAACUGACCGCUCGCUAACGCCAAACAGUCCACCGCUGAGCGGCAGUGCUGCGUGGUUGGCGUACAGCAACAAACUGAAAGAAGCGAGACGAGUUCAAAGCGGUCGCGCGUCCGCCGGGUCGAGGGGCCGCAGGUCCACCGCCGCUGUCUCGCCCCUGCAAAUACGCGUGCAGACCCUAAACUUUGACAUGAGCCACUCCAUGGCGACUAAAAGUCACAUAAAAACGUUAAGUCCCUGCUUACCUCCUCACUGCAACGGCUGGAAGCAGAGGAGAAAAUGAAACCAUGAAAUGUCUGCUGUGUGUGUGUGUGACCCUUUUUUUUUUUUACGUAGGAACCUACUUUUUAACCCGUCACGUUAGCUCAAGCGCACUUUGCGUGACCGUAAUUACGUGAUGGUUUGUGCUAUCGGAAAAAUUCCAGUGUUUUCUGAAAGCUGAGAAGUUGCACGUCCAAGCCAGCGAGUGGUUAUUAUGGUUAUUUGACUCGCGCUGUUGCAGGAAGCCAGAUAAUCGCUGUCUUUGUCGCCAGGGAGAAGUGUUGGAAAAAUGCCUGUACAUAGUUGAGACAUUGAGACAAAAACUGUUCAAAUUAAAAAUGU